GUCACUGCAAGGACGGUGGUGGCCAUAGCAACCACCUAUUCAGCGCACUAAACUAGUGUUAUUUGACAUACAACUAGCUAGCUAACAAACUUAGCUAUCUAAAUAAAUACAAGUUUUCGCUCUGUGACAAAAGGAAAGGUAAAUCGACGUAUAGUCCUAAAUUAAUAGCCACAUUUCGAUAGUGUACUGUAGAUAUAUCUUUGACCCAUGAUAUAUGAUGAUUUACAUGUUGGCUGAUUUGCAAGAGAGAAAGUUAUCGCUAGCUAGCGAGAUUGCUACACACACACAACAACGUUACAGAACUAAAUAGGGAAUAAGCAAGCGAAUAUUAAUGUUAGUUCACACUAUUCAUUAUAAUACAUUAGCAUACGGAAGCAGCAGGUGUGGUGUGGUGAUAACAAAAUGCAGAACUGUUUUUGGGUUCAUAUUGGGUUUUUAUUGUAACCUGUUUCAUUUUUGUUGCAUGAUUUAGCGGGUCUGUAGAUAUGGAUGCCACUGUAAAGCCUUUGAGGAUUCCUCCUGAAAUGGCUAUUUAUGCGGAGAAGCACGGCAUUUUUGACUUGCUACAGUCUCUGCUGAGAAAUGUGGUCGUUGACAAGCCCGAAGACCCCAUCAAGUAUCUGAUUAGGAUGCUAAAGAGAGGCAAUACUGAGGUGCCUCGAGUGAUACUACUGGGCCCACCAUCUUCAGGGAAGAGGACUGUGGCCAAAGCCCUGUGUGAGCGCACCCAGGCAAUCCACAUUACAGUCAGCCACAUUCUGAAGGAGGACCCUGACUUCAGUGGGGAGGCCAAGCAGAGCCAGGAGAAAGGGGAGAAGAUCCCAACUGAUCUUUGGAUCAGAAUGAUACAACACCGUCUGUCCAGAAUUGACUGCGUGUGCAGGGGCUGGGUGCUGGAAGGAAUCCCCAGGACUCGAGAUGAAGCUCUGUGUCUUCAGGAGGCUGGAAUUGCUCCAGAUUACGUUGUGGUGUUGGAGGCUCCUGAUGAUGUGCUGAUUGAGAGGAGUUUGGGCAAGGAGAUAGACCCUGAGACGGGAGACGUGUACCACUUGGCCUUCAUGCGUCCAGAGAGUGAGAAGGUGAUACGGCGUCUACAGCCUCCUAAGGAGCUCCUGUCGAAGGAGCAGGUUGCUAAGAAACUGCUGCUGUACCACCGCGAGGCCCACGGGCUGCUGAGGACCUACGGCUCCUGGCUGCACUUCAUCAACGCCGACCAGCCGCACAUGGACGUCUCUGCUCAGGUUCUGGCAUACGUUCUGUCACGGCCCCGGUCCAGCGCCCCACACACACCCCGCAUUCUCCUGUUUGGACCCCCUGGAUCUGGCAAGAGUCUUCAGGCACGGCUGCUGGUCCAGAAGUACAACAUCAUAGAGAUCUGCAGUGGGGAGCUGAUAAAGGCAGUUUAUGCAGAUGAGUCCAGUGUGGGUGAGCUCCUCAGACCUUAUCUGGAGGCUGGACAACAAGUGCCAGACAGCAUUGUGCUUCAGAUCCUGACGAUGCGGCUGAGUCGCUUGGACUGUACCACCCGUGGCUGGGUGCUGCACGGCUUCCCCCGUGACGAGGAUCAGGCUGAGCAGCUCCGAGAGUCCAACCACAUCCCCAGCAGGGUGUUCUUCCUGGAUAUGACCGAUGACGUGGCCGUGGAGCGUCUCUGCCUGAGGGCCAUCGAUCCAGUCACAGGAGAGAGGUACCACUCUCUGUACCGCCCAGCCCCCAGCUCCGAGGUGCAGGAGCGUCUGGUCUUUAACCCGCGGGACAGAGAGGCCCAAGUGCGCGACCACCUCAGGGAAUACUGGGCACAGAUGCCCACCCUGCAGCGCUUCUACCCCGACGCCAUCCACGUCAAUGCAGACCAGGACCCGCACACCGUGUUCGAGUCCAUCGAGAGCCGUCUGGUCGGACGCCUCCCCAAAACCCUGAUGGACGUUCCAGCGGUCAAAUCAACGUGAGAGAAUCCCAGCCGUCGCCCUAUGAUCCCGCCCCUGCAAUGCCCACAUGUGACAUCCCAGCCGAGUGCCUGACACGAAGAGAGGAGCAGACCUCACUAGCUCUGUUUGUUAUUAUAAAUCUGCUCUGUUUGUCAUAAUAAAACUGCGUUUUCCUAA